AGUUUAAAUGUGGUUUUAACGGAGGUUCUUCAGGUGGUAGUUCCGGGACCCUGAUUCUAUGGCCUAUUUUCUCCCCGUUUAAUUUGGUAUAAAAGGUUCUUCUGUGAGUCAAACCAAUCUGAAUUCGAAAAGUAGCUACUGAAAGAUCUGCUCAUUAUGAAGACCUGGAUAUUUCUUCUCAUUGUUUUUGCUGCCAUGGUAGCAGUAGCUUACGGAGGUUACGGUGGUUAUGGUGGACAUGGCGGCUAUGGUGGUCAUGGUGGAGGCUAUGGAGGUUACGGUGGCGGUUAUGGAGGUCAUGGUGGAGGCUAUGGAGGUUACGGUGGCGGUUAUGGAGGUCAUGGUGGCGGUUAUGGUGGUCGUGGUGGCUAUGGAUACGGUGGUUACCACUAAGCAUUAUACGAAUACCCUGAAUAUACAGUAGGAUAAGAAGCGACGGAAGAGGGAUGAAUUUUUCCUUCGUAGCAAUAUUAGAACAUCUGAAAAAUCACGAGGAAAAUAACACGUUCCUUUCUUUACGAAAAUA